AUGACUGAAUCAUUAUUUGACACCAAUUUUACAGAAAAAUCAACUCCAAAAGAACAAUCAAAACCAUCAGAAUCAUCAAAUUCAACAACAACAACAACAACAACAGCAGCAGCAACAAAUCAACAUCAACAAGUUGGUGAAUCAUCAUCUUCAUCAAAUAAUGAUCAACAAUCUUAUGACCAAUCAACUACAUUACCGUCGCUCGUUGAUAAAUCAAAUAUCGACGCUUUGAUUAAUUAUAGAGUUUUAGUAUCAGCAAAAGAAGCUGGUUGUUUAAUUGGUCAAAAUGGACAAGUUAUUGAUUCUAUUAGAGGAGAAACCAAUACAAAAGCUGGUAUUUCCAAAUUAGUUCCAGGUAGUAGUGAAAGAAUUUUAACUGUUUCAGGUAAAAUAGAUUCUUGUGCUAAAGCUUUAAGUUUCUUUGCUCAAGCUUUAUGUAAUUCUCAAAUUGAAACAUAUAAUUAUUUCCCAUUAAAACAAUUAUCAUCACAACCAUGUAUUGAAAAUGAGACAACUAUACUUAGAUUAUUAAUUCCAAACUCACAAAUGGGAACUUUAAUUGGUUCUAAAGGUGCAAGAAUUCAACAAAUUCAAAAUAAUUUCAACAUUUCAAUGAUUGCAUCAAAAUCAUUCUUACCGGGUUCAAAAGAAAGACUUGUUGAAUUACAAGGUCGUGUUAAUGACCUUUAUGAUGCUUUAAGAAUUAUAUCAAGAUGUUUAAUUGAAGAUUUUUCAUCAAUUGUAAAUACUACAUAUUAUGUUCCAAGAUCACAUUAUAAUACUGCUUCUUCAACAAAUACAAAUGGUUCUAAUGGAUUUAGAAAAAAUACUGCUUCAAUAUCUUUCCCAAAUGAUAUGGUUGGUGCUUUAAUUGGUAAAAAUGGUUCAAGAAUUCAAGGUGUUCGUAAAAUAUCAGGUGCUAAUAUUGGUAUUUCUGAACCAAUUGAAGGUAAAAAUGAAAGAAUUUUCACAAUUACAGGUUCUCAACAAUCAAUUGAAAAAGCUAAAAACUUAUUGUAUCAUAAUAUGGAAAGAGAAGAACAAAGAAGAGCAGAACAAGAACAACAUUAA